CUCCGGAGGAAGAGUGAGGUUAUGUGUCGGGGUAGUCCAACGCGCAGAAUCGUCACACGCUUAGUCGCGUCACGGAAUAUCGUUGGAUUUCGGCGUAAUAUUAAAUCAGAGAAUUCGAGUGUAGAGCAAAGGUAAUUCUGUUUUAAUUAGCAAACUCGAAGAUGUUACGCGUCGGCUCGAGGGCCACAAGGAUGGCUUUGAACAGUCGAAAUUUCGCGAACGCUCCGGCGCAGGAAGCAGCAGUCUCCGCAGCUUUCAAGGUUCAAGACAACAAGGACUUCAACGAUCGCGUUAAAAACUCGAAGGUUCCUGUAAUCAUCGAUUUCUUCGCUACAUGGUGUAAUCCAUGCCGCAUGCUGACGCCCAGGUUGGAGUCUGUCAUCGCCGAAAAGCAAGGAAAGAUUCUGUUGGCGAAGGUUGACAUCGACGAGAACACGGAUCUAGCUCUGGAUUAUGAGGUUGGCUCUGUGCCUGUUUUGAUCGCCAUGAAGGAUGGGAAGGUGCUUGAGAGAAUUAUUGGGCUCCAGGAUACGGAUAAGCUCAGGAAGUUUGUUGAUAAAUAUGCUGAACCUUAAUAGCAUUCAGCUAAGAAAUCUUCCUUGUAAAAAGUAGUUCUGAAAUUUAUCUUUAAUACAUUAGUUAAAACUAAUGAAGUUUAUGGUGUACAGAUAAAUUAUUUUGUCUGGAUGUGCAUUCAUGGGGUUAUGUAUCUUUUAGCUGAUAGAGUGCCUGUGGUGCACAUUGUUUCGUAAUAGAAUAAACAAGUUAAAUAUA